ACAAACCAAACAUGACCUAAACAUGCCAGGGCAAAACGCGGACCCGUGCUGUGCGUUCCACCCAAUGUCGCGUGCGGCCACUAGAUUUUUCCUGACGCGGUGUCUGCUCCCACUUCCCCUCCUCUCCCCCAGGUGGCGGCAGCGGCGGCGGGGUAGCAUUUGUGCUACGAGGGCUUUUGCAAUGGCGGCUUCGGGGUUCGGCGGCGGCGAGGCGUUCCGGCUCUCGGCCGCGCCGGGGGCCGGCUUACUGAAGCUGCACAAGGGCGACAUCACCCUCUGGUCCGUCGACUGCGCCACCGACGCCAUCGUUAAUGCUGCUAAUGAGCGAAUGUUAGGUGGCGGAGGUGUUGAUGGAGCUGCUGGACCAGAGCUAGUGCAAGCAUGCCGGAAAGUUCCAGAGGUCAAACCAGGAGUCCGUUGUCCUACUGGAGAAGCUAGGAUUACUCCUGCUUUUGAGCUUCCUGCCUCUCGGGUGAUUCACACUGUUGGCCCUAUAUAUGAUUUGGACAAGCAUCCUGAGGUGUCAUUAAAGAAGGCCUAUGAAAAUAGCUUGAAGCUUGCUAAGGAUAAUGGCAUUCAGUACAUCGCAUUCCCUGCUAUAUCUUGUGGUGUUUAUCGUUAUCCUCCCAAGGAAGCAUCAAAAAUAGCUGUUUCUACCGCACAAAAAUUUUCAGAGGAUAUCAAAGAGGUGCAUUUUGUUCUGUUCUCGGACGACCUUUACAAUAUAUGGCGCGAGACUGCCCAGCAGUUGCUAUCACAGUUUGAGAAAUGAAUGGUCCAUAGGCAGUUUGCUAGCACUAGCAGUUGCCCAGCAGUCGUUGUCUAGUGUUGAGAUGUGAGCGCCAUAGGCAGUUUGCCUGGUGUAAUAAAAAUGGGUGUAUCAGACAACGUUUAAAUCUUGAUGAAACCGUGUAUUGCACCUGUGGUAUAAUGCUGAAUGAGUAAAGUUUGGCGAUACCGAGCAGUUGCAAUACUACCUAUCAGCA